AUGGAUAAGGAUAAGCCUCACCAUGGAAGUGGGAAUUCACUUCCUCCGUCCGGGAGGUAUUCUGCUUUCUCGCCACCAAAGGGUAGUUUCAACAUGAAACCGGAUCAAGUGGGAACGUUGAAUUUGCCUCCAUUAGUGCCAGGCAGCUCACCCGACCAGGGUCAGUUUGGUGACCUAAGCCGUAUGCCCGAUAACCCGCCUAAGAAUCUGGGCCAUAGGCGUGCUCACUCUGAGAUUCUGACCCUUCCGGAUGACAUCAGCUUUGAUAGCGAUCUAGGUGUUGUGGGAGGAUUGGAUGGGCCGUCCUUUUCUGAUGAUACUGAGGAGGACCUACUGUCAUUGUAUCUUGACAUGGAUAAGUUCAAUUCUUCCUCCGCAACUUCUGCUAACCAAGCAUGUGGUGAGUCGUCUAAUAAUGUGCUGGCAGGCGAGUCGGGUUCAUCUUCUGCUACACCAUCCGGAUUUGCCAAUCAGUCGGGUGAUAAUGUAGGUGCGGUUAUCAGUGAGAAACCAAGAAUAAGGCAUCAGCAUAGCCAGUCCAUGGAUGGGUCGACUACCAUUAAACCGGAGAUGCUCGUGUCAGGUUCAGAAGAUCCUUCGCCAGGUGAUGCUAAGAAAGCGAUGUCUGCUGCUAAGCUUGCAGAGCUUGCUCUUAUUGAUCCAAAGCGUGCUAAGAGGAUUUGGGCAAAUAGGCAGUCAGCAGCAAGAUCAAAGGAACGUAAGAUGAGGUAUAUUGCCGAGCUUGAAAGGAAAGUCCAAACUCUGCAAACAGAAGCUACUUCUUUGUCUGCUCAGUUAACCUUACUACAGAGAGAUACAAAUGGUCUUACUGCUGAAAAUAGUGAACUCAAACUACGCUUGCAGACAAUGGAACAACAAGUACACUUGCAAGAUGCACUGAACGAUGCACUGAAAGAAGAGAUCCAACAUCUGAAAGUGCUGACUGGACAAACAAUGACCAACGGUGGGGCCAUGAUGAAUUUCCCGCCAUCUUAUGGAGCUAGCCAGCAACAGUACUAUGGAAACAACCAAGCCGUCCACACCCUGCUGACGGCUCAACAACUGCAGCAGCUUCAGAUACAUUCCCAAAAGCAGCAGCCUCCGCAGCAGUUUCAACAGUUUCAGCAGCAGCAAGAACAGCUGCAGGCGGCUAACUUGAAGCUUAGAAAUUCUAUGUCGUCCUCUGUUCAGAAAGAUCACGGCCCAGAUGCGUCUUCCAUUAAUUAA